UAUUAGCUGGGACGCGGGACUAGCCCAGCCUUUUCUUCCGCGCGUUUGUGGAGGUUGGGUGUUUUCUGGGCCUGCGCGCCCAACGCGGGUUUCUGAGGCCGGGGCUGCAACCGAGGACGCCAACGGAGACCCGUGCGCAGAGCGGGCACAGGGAAACUACAUCACAUCUACCAGAUUUCAUAUGGUCAGAAGUCUGUUUAAAGCAAAGGACAAGUGACAAUUUUGAGAGGAGCUUGAAGACUAUAUAUCAAGAUGGAUUCUCACAAUUGUACAACAGUUUCUGAUUCAGCUUUGGAAAUUGAGAAUCAAAGUGACAGCUCUUCCUCUGGAAGCAGCUUAUUUAAAACUCAGUGUGUUCCUAAUCCACCUAAUCCACCUAAACAGAGGCAAAGAAACCCUAUUAGAAAAUAUAUUUACUCACCUGUAAGUAUUGAUACAGAAGAUUCAUCUAGUGACUCAUCUAUAGAACCAAGACCAUUGACUUUAAAAGCUAUUUUUGAAAGAUUCAAAAGAAAGAAACGUAAGAAGAAGAAGAAGAAGAAGAAAUACAAGCCAACUGGAAGAUCAAGGGGAAGACCAAAAGGAAGGAAAAACACUAGAGUCUCACAAAUAAAUAAGAUAAAAUUUAAAGACAAAGGGCCUGGUUUCCCAUUUUUAGAAGCAGAAAAUGGAAGAAAACCAUUACCUUGGAGAAAAAUUUUAACCUUUGAGCAAGCAGUGGCAAGAGGAUUUUUUAACUACCUUGAAAAAUUGAAGUAUGAAUACCACCUCAAAGAAUCCUUGAAACAAAUGAAUGUUGGUGAAGAUUUAGAAAGAGAAGACCUUGAUAGUCGUAGGUACAAAUACUUGGAUGAUGAUGGAUCUAUCUCUCCUAUUGAAGAGUUAACAGCAGAGGAGGAAAAUGCAACAAAUCUUGAACAUGAUGAAUGUGAUAUUAAAUUAGUGGAGAAUAAUUAUUUCAUAAUAAGUUCUGAAUUACCAAAGAAGAAGAAUGUGUAUUUGAAACAAGAGGAGUAUACCGAAGAAGCUGCUUUGCCUAAAAAGAAAGCAUCAAAAUCCAAAAAACAAAACAGUGGACAGAGGACAGAAUGCCUUGAAAAGGAAAUAGGAAUGUGAAUUCCUGACAAGGUAAACAGAAUCAAGAAAAGGCAACUUUUUAUAGGAAGUAAAAAUGAAAAAUGAGAAUGUAUAUUGCCAGCCUAAUGAUAAAGAACCUUGUAAGAAAAUAAAAACUUUGAACAAAGUUGUGCCACUCCUGAAGUAGUAACUUUUAGGAAACUACAGUGAGAAUAUAUUUGUAGGAAAUAAUCACUUGCUUAAUAAUAAAUAAUAAAGUCCUGUUUUGGCCUAUGGUGAUUUAUUUUUGGGUAAGUGAACUUAAAGGCGUCAUUUGAGUAUUGAAUCAAGGAAAUAACAUUAAUAACCCUGAAAAGAAUAUCUUGUUUGCAAUAAUUACUGAUUGACAACCAGCCACCCUCAGGGUACCUGAAAGCCUUGUUUUUGUUUUGUUCAAAUUUAGUGUGAUGCAUAGUACUGUAAUAACUUAGUAAGAUUCCUUUCCUAACUUUAAUACUUCAGCUGCCAUUUUCAUUAUACAGUAUGUUGAAGAUUAUGCUGCUCUCUGUUCUGCUUUUUUUUUUUGGUCUUUUUGCUAUUUCUUUGGGCCGCUCCUGCGGCAUAUGGAGGUUCCCAGGCUAGGGGUCUAAUCGGAGCUGUAGCUGCCAGCCUACGCCAGAGCCACAGCAACGCAGGAUCCGAGCCGUGUCUAUGACCUACACCACAGCUCACGGCAACGUCGGGUCGUUAACCCACUGAGCAAGCCCAGGGACCGAUCCUGCAACCUCAUGGUUCCUAGUCGGAUUCGCCAACCACUGCGCCACGACGGGAACUCCUGUUCUGCAUUUUUGAUAGCACUUGUGUUUGUUUUUGUUUCAUUUGUGGACAAAGACUUAGAUACAAGUGCAAAAAAUAAAUCCUCUUUUGCAACCCAGAACUCAUUGUUCAGUAUGAGUUUUGAUACAGAUAAGAAGGAACAUGAAGGCUAGAGCAGAUUUAAGUGGUUGCAGGGAGAGGGGAGGGGUGCAGAGGGUAUUGAUAAACAUAAAGGCUUGCCUUCUACGGCUACAGAAUUGAAAAUAUUAAAGCUUAAGAUAGAAGAGAAAUUAGCAACAUUGUUAGGUUAGCACUAUAGUUUUGAUGUUGCUCUUGUUGACAUGAAACAAAGAUGGCUUCUUGUUUUUAGGCUUUUAUCUUGAACACAAGUGAAUGGACUAUGGGUAUGUCUUGUGCUUCAGGUGAGUGGGUCAGAUUUGUCUAAAUGUGGUAUACUGUCAGAUAAUUUAAAAUGUCCACAGGUCUCAUUAAUGAAAAGUGUUUUUGCCAGUUAUAAAUUUCUGCUUAUGAUGUCUCAAGAUGCUUUAUGGUGAUACUGUGCCAGCUUCACACUGCCUGCAGGAAAGGGUCCCAGAACAUAAAUUAGACUGUUAGAAUCUUGGAUAUUCCCACUUGAAGCAUAUACAGCAUUUUUAAACCUCUCAUUACCCUGUACUAUAUAGUGUGUAUGUAUGCAUGACUGCACAGGAGAUAAGAUUUCCUAAAUCAAUGAUUCCUUAAUGGUCAGCCAUGUUAAUUAUCUUAUGUAUUUUUAUAGCCUAUAUCAUAUCAAAAAACUAAUAAAAAUGUCUCAUGUAUUCUUAAAAUUAAGGCAAAAAUUACAUUAAAAUAAGUGCAUAGGCAAAACACAUUGCAGUAUUCAUAAAAAUCAAGAUUUGGAAAGUUGCGUUGUGGCUCAGCAUUAGCAAACCCAGCUAGUAUCUGAGAAUGUGGGUUUGAUCCCUGGCCCAACUCAUUGGAUAAGGAUCCAGUGUUACUGUGAGCUUUGGUCUAGGUUGCAGAGAAGGUUCAGAUAUGGUGUUGCAUUCCAUCAUUGCUAAGGUUGUUAAAAAUCUCUUACCUUGUAAAUAGUUCAUGGCAAGGUUUCUUUAAAUUUCUUGAACAUCUUCCAGAAUGUUCUACAAUAUUGAACUCAUACAAGAGACUGAAGCAGAUCACAGCUCUUUUCAAAUGAUCUCUUUCCUGUGGACUUAUAAGCAGUGGUUGAGGUCUAUCCCGAUGGGGCUUUUUCUAUAAACCUACAUCGUUGGAAACGCCUCAUAGAGCAACUCUGUGGUUUCCUUUACUCAUAGAACUACAUGUUAGAUCUGUGGGGAAGAACUACAAGACAGCUGCUAAAUAAACUAUGAAAAACCUAACAGGGAAACCUUUUUUAUCUUAGGUAUUGGCAUAUCCCAAGGAUCUGUACUGUUGUAGGGUGUGAUAGUUUAGGUAAGUCUUAAUUGGUAACGGUGUGUAAUCUUGGUAGCUUUCCAGUUCAAAUGAUGAAUCUAACUGUUCAACUGCUGAAUGAUAACAGAAAUGAACUAAAAAACUUAUUCUGACAGAGCUGAGCAUAGCUAAAAAAUAGAUAUUGAGCUUAUAUUAGGUUUUAGUUUUUAAUCACAUUAAGUUCUCCAUAAUUUUAUUUGGUAUUUUAUCUGCAGGAGUGAAUGUGAUUUGAACUUAAUGCAUGUUUAGAAGUAAGUGGAAUAUUUAAUUUCUGUUCAAAUUUAUUAAGGAUUCAGAAGUUCUGAAAAGAUUGUAAAUUUUGAGUAUAGCAUCUUGUUGAGAUUACUAGUUAUUUAGGUAUAAGACAAUUACCAAGAUUUUGGCCAAAAAUAAUUGUACUUCACCUAACUGGGGGAAAAGGAAGAGAUUGCAUGUUGAGGGCUACCGAAUGAAAAUGCCUUUAUUAAACUAACAUAAUGUAUAUGUAGGUAUGUUAAAGGAGUAAGCAAUUUGAGCAACCACCAUCUUUGUUUCUGAUUCCCCUGCAUUGCUUCUGUGAUUUAACAGUUUGUAUGAUAUAGAGAAGGUCAAGAUAACGACUAGGUUUAUAAGUUUAAAAUUGAGUUAAUGUAGGAAUUCCUACAGCAAAAAAGAAGCGAAAAAGAAGCCUGAUGAGUAUUCAUGAGGAUCUAUCCGUGAUAGAUCCCUGGCAUCUCUUAAGUGGGUUGGGGGUCUGGUUGUGAAAUAGGUCGCGGACUCUGCUCACUUCCCAUGUGGCUAUGGCCAUGGUGUAGGCUGGCAACUACAGCUCCGAUUCUAACCCUAGCCUGGGAACUUAAAUAUGCUGUGGGUGCAGCCCUAAAAAGAAAAAAAAUUGAGUUAAUGUAUUUUCUUAUUGGAAUGACAGGAAUAAAGGCCAGAUUAUUUUGCUGUCUAAGCAAAUUAUGUGUGACUGGGUCACCUUAUUGUACAGUAGGAAAUUGACAGAACAUUGUAAACCAGCUAUAAUGGAAAAAAUAAAAAUCAUUUUUUUAAAAAAAACUUAAAUUUUUAGAGAUUUGUAGAAGUAAGUUUCUCAGGCAGUACCAAUGCAAACUUGAACUGGAGGGAUUUUUCCAGUUCAGUCAUAAUUGCACUGCAUGGUAUCUGCAUUCAGCAGUUUGUUUCUGCUGGGUGUUCAAAGAACAGUGCAAUAUAAAUUCAGUAUCUGGCAUCGUUGGUUUUCUUGGCUUUGUGCAAGUUAAGACCUGGUAUUUCUACUGAUACAGUAUUCCUAGUUUCUCAUAUUGUUUAACCCAAUCUUUGGUAGGAACUAAUAAUUUUCUUUUUUUCCAGGGUGUCUAAAAUUCACAACCAGGCAGAUACAUCUCUUCUGACCCUAAACAUGUAAGGCUUUCUAUUUCUGUUGCUUCUAGUAAGUCUUUUCUUUAUUGAUUGAAAGCAUAGCAAAACAGUAGAACUUCAGUACAGGUGCAGAAGAAGCCUUUUACAGUGUAUCUGUAAUUUUGAAAGAAAUUUCUGUAAAGCCUCAUUCUAGAUGAAAGUGGGCACUGUUGUCUGUGGUGUCCAAAAAUCAUUAAUGUGGCUACAUUGAGAAUACAGGUUUUGCUUCCAUCACAGUAAUCUUAUUACAGUGGUGACAAUGACACCUGUGACAUUUUUUUAUUUUUACUUUUUUGCUAGACUCACAAGUAAAAAUUAGGUAUAACAAGACCUUUCAACAUUAGGAAUGAUGGAGUAAUAUAUUUCAGACCAUUUGCCAAAAUAGCAGUGUUCUAUAUUUAACUUUUAGGACCCUACCUAAAGUGAGCUGGUUGAGUAAAUUGUAUCCCAAAAGUUAUAGGUAAGAGUCUUUUAUGUUAAAAUAAUGAAGGGGGGCGGGGCUAGAUGUUAAAAGGGCCAUUUUGUGCUCUUCUGUUUACCACUGAUGUGUGAUGUUAUGAUGAUGGGCAACAUGUUCAACUGCUCUGAAUGGGCUGAAUGAAAAUAGCCUUUCUGAACAUCAAUCCUUUUUUAAAAUUAUUUUUAUUUUCUUUUUAGGGCCGCACCCGCAGCAUAUGGAGGUUAGCAGGCUAUGGGUCAAAUUGGAGCCACAGCUGCUGGCCUACACCAUAGCCACAGCAACACACGAUCUGGGCCACGUCUUCAACCUACAUUAUAGCUCACAGCAAUGCCAGAACCUUAACCCACUGAGCAAGGCCAGGGAUUGAACCCGCAACCUCAUGGUUCCUCGUUGGAUUCGUUUCCGCUGCACCACAACGGGAACUCCAUAUUAAGCUUUAUUUUAAAACAGGUUAAGACCCUAAGUUUUAAAAAAAAGUUACCUGAAGUAAAAGAUGCUUAUUAUGGGGCGUUCCCGUGGUGGCGCAGUGGUUAAUGAAUCUGACUGGGAACCAUGAGGUUGUGUGUUCGGUCCCUGCCCUUGCUUAGUGGGUUAACAAUCCAGCGUUGCCGUGAGCUGUGGUGUAGGUUGCAGACGUGGCUCAGAUCCUGCGCCGCUGUGGCUCUGGCAUAGGCCAGCGGCUAUAGCUCCGAUUCGACCUCUAUCUAGCCUGGGAACCUCCAUAUACUGCAGGAGUGGCCCAAGAAAUGGCAAAAAGACAAUUAAAAAAAAAAAAGAUGCUUAUUACAACCAUUUGCAAUUUUAAACUGUGUCAUGUUAACACAUACUACUUGGGAGUUAAAUGCAUUUCUGAGAUACUUGGAACUCAGUCUCAACUAGUUGGAAAAAUGUAGUACCUUGUAACCAUUAAAAUCUUACUUUCCAUAGGUGGGGGAAUUUUGAAGUGAGUCCAUUAUUUCAUUGAUACUUGCAAAGCUGAACUAAACAACUGUGGCAAGUAAUUUUAUUUUUCCACUCCCAUUUUAUUUGUCAGGGUAUAUGGUCAUUACCAAGGCUCUUAGAAUGCAGUUUCUCAUUAGCUGUGGACAUGACCAUAAAAAAAUUUCCCGCUAGGUCUUAUUUCUGCUACUUUGUUUAGCAUUCAGCCUACUGGGAACAUUUUAUUAGCACUACUUGUAUGUUUAUUGUUUAGGUCAAUUCUGUUCCAAUAUAUAACAUAUAACAUGAGCCAUGUGAUUUUUCUAAUUAGAUUUUUAUAAUACCCAUACAUGGCUUGGGGCUGUUAUGGACAUUACAGGUUCCCCAGGGAGUGGCUUUAGAAGAGCAUCCCUGAAAAUGAAACCUUACUAAUAUAUUUCUGUUAUACAGGACUGAUAUGACGAAUGGUUCAUGUAUGCACCGAGCAAAAAUUCUUUUUAAAGGGGCUCCCUUGAAGAUAAUGACUGAAACAUUGAAAGGACCCCAAACAUUGGAGAAAGCAGUGGAAAGAAUCCUUAAAAGUUUAUUGACUUAAAUAAUUUUGUCUGUGCUACACAUAAAAAAAAACCUUUACACUUUGUACAGUCAGCAUGUAUUUUUGGCUCGAAGUUUCUCUAGUGUUUUCUGUGGAAGGAAAUAAUAAAUUUAUCAGUUGUAGGUA